UUCUCCCCUCUCUAUAAAUCCUCUACAGAUUGCUCUACUUUCUCUCACAUCUCUCUCUCUCUCUACCUCCUCCGUUUCCGAUCCCCUUCUUCCCUUCGCCGGAAAUCUACAAUCAACCGAUUCAGCAUUCAGCUGAGGAUUGAUGGCGACAAGGAAUUUGGAGAAGUUGGCAUCAAUCGAUGCUCAAUUGAGGCUAUUGGUCCCCGGAAAAGUGUCCGAUGAUGACAAGCUUGUCGAAUACGACGCCCUGCUUUUGGAUCGGUUUCUCGAUAUUCUUCAGGAUUUGCAUGGUGAAGAUCUCAAGGAGACGGUGCAAGAAUGCUACGAGCUUUCGGCCGAGUACGAGGGCAAACACGACCCUAAAAAGUUGGAAGAGCUCGGAAACUUACUGACUAGUUUGGACCCAGGUGACUCAAUAGUCAUAGCCAAAGCUUUCUCUCACAUGCUCAACUUGGCCAAUUUAGCUGAGGAAGUGCAAAUUGCUUACCGCCGAAGGAACAAAAAGAAGAAAGGAGAUUACACCGACGAAAACUCCGCCACUACCGAAUCCGACAUUGAAGAGACUUUUAAGAGACUCGUGUUCGAUUUGAAGAAGUCCCCUGAAGAAGUUUUCGAUGCACUGAAGAAUCAGACAGUUGACUUGGUCUUCACUGCUCAUCCUACCCAGUCUGUAAGAAGAUCAUUGCUUCAGAAACAUGGAAGGAUUCGGGAUUGCUUGGCCCAGUUAUACGCCAAAGACAUUACUCCGGACGAUAAACAGGAGCUCGACGAGGCUUUACAAAGAGAGAUUCAAGCUGCUUUCCGAACCGAUGAGAUCCGAAGAACAGCCCCGACCCCACAAGAUGAAAUGAGGGCAGGAAUGAGUUAUUUUCACGAGACAAUCUGGAAAGGUGUACCCAAGUUUUUGCGGCGUGUAGAUACAGCGCUCAAGAAUAUUGGGAUUAACGAACGUGUUCCCUAUAAUGCCCCUCUAAUUCAAUUUUCGUCUUGGAUGGGUGGAGAUCGUGAUGGGAAUCCAAGGGUGACUCCUGAGGUCACUAGGGAUGUUUGCUUGUUGGCCAGAAUGAUGGCUGCUAACUUGUACUAUUCCCAAAUUGAGGAUCUAAUGUUUGAGUUGUCCAUGUGGCGCUGCAGCGAUGAGCUUCGUGUUCGAGCAGACGAACUCCUUCAAUUUUCGAAACAAGACGCCAAGCAUUACAUAGAGUUUUGGAAAACGAUCCCACCAAACGAACCCUACCGUGUCAUCCUCGGUGAAGUGCGUGAUAAGCUCUACCAAACCCGCGAGCGCUCCCGCCAUUUACUAGCUCAAGAAACAUCCGACAUCCCAGAAGACGCAACCUAUAUCAACAUCGAGCAGUUCUUGGAGCCGCUCGAGCUCUGCUACAGAUCCCUCUGCGCCUGUGGUGACCGCCCCAUUGCCGAUGGCAGCCUCCUCGAUUUCCUCCGGCAAGUCUCCACCUUCGGCCUCUCCCUUGUACGCCUCGACAUAAGGCAAGAAUCUGACCGACACACUGACGUCCUAGACGCCAUCACCAAACACCUAGACAUCGGUUCUUACAGAGACUGGUCCGAAGAUCAGAGGCAAGAAUGGCUUUUGUCUGAGCUCUCCGGCAAACGCCCCCUCUUCGGCAACGACCUCCCCAAAACCGAGGAGGUUGCCGACGUUUUGAACACAUUUGCCGUCAUCGCAGAGCUGCCGUCGGACUGCUUCGGAGCUUACAUCAUCUCCAUGGCCACAUCGCCAUCCGAUGUGCUGGCGGUGGAGCUUUUGCAGAGGGAGUGCCGCGUGAAGCAGGCCCUACGGGUGGUCCCGCUUUUCGAGAAAUUGGACGACCUGGAGGCGGCACCCGCCGCCAUGGCGCGCCUCUUCUCCGUCGAUUGGUACAGGAAUCGUAUCGACGGCAAGCAGGAGGUUAUGAUCGGGUACUCCGAUUCUGGCAAGGACGCCGGCAGACUGUCGGCAGCAUGGCAGCUGUACAAGGCUCAGGAGGAGCUUAUUAAGGUUGCCAAGGAGUACGGCGUGAAGCUGACUAUGUUCCAUGGCAGAGGUGGAACUGUUGGACGAGGGGGUGGGCCCACUCACCUUGCUAUUUUGUCUCAACCGCCAGACACUAUCCAUGGAUCUCUACGGGUUACUAUUCAGGGUGAGGUCAUCGAGAAGUCGUUUGGAGAAGAGCAUCUAUGCUUCAGAACGCUCCAGCGGUUCACUGCUGCCACGCUGGAGCACGGUAUGCACCCACCUGUGGCCCCCAAGCCCGAGUGGCGGGCCCUACUCGAUGAAAUUGCAGUUCUUGCAACCGAGGAGUACCGUUCCAUCGUCUUCAAAGAGCCUCGUUUUGUCGAGUACUUUCGCCUUGCGACGCCGGAAUUGGAGUACGGGCGGAUGAACAUUGGGAGUCGUCCGUCGAAGAGGAAACCGAGCGGAGGUAUCGAGUCGCUGAGAGCUAUUCCGUGGAUCUUCGCGUGGACACAGACGAGAUUCCAUCUACCCGUUUGGCUGGGCUUUGGCGGUGGAUUCAAAUACGCAAUCGAAAAAGACAUUCGUAACCUCAAAAUGCUGCAAGAAAUGUAUAACCAGUGGCCUUUCUUCAGGGUCACAAUUGACUUAGUGGAGAUGGUUUUCGCAAAGGGAGACCCAGGCAUUGCUGCCCUCUACGACAAACUCCUCGUUUCUGAAGACCUGUGGUCGUUCGGCGAGCGGUUGAGGUCCAACUAUGAGGAAACAAAGACUCUUCUCCUCCAGAUUGCUGGGCAUAAGGAUCUUCUAGAAGGGGACCCGCAUUUGAAGCAGAGGCUUCGUCUGAGAGACUCGUACAUUACAACGUUGAACGCAUGCCAGGCGUACACGUUGAAGAGGAUUCGUGACCCGAACUACCAUGUGAAGCUGAGGCCUCAUAUUUCCAUGGAGUAUAUGGAAUCGAAAGCUGCUGAACUUGUCAAGCUGAAUCCGACAAGCGACUAUGCACCUGGUUUGGAGGAUACACUUAUCUUGACCAUGAAAGGUAUUGCUGCUGGAUUACAGAACACCGGUUAAUUUUAUGCCGCCUCGUUUUUUCCUUUUCUUUUUAUGGAAUAAUAAUGAUAAUAAAUAAUACUAUUAUCGAAAGGACUAUAUGAUAGUCGUGUACUUUGGAAACCAAGAACUUCAAUGUUGAUGAAUCAGUCGAUUUGAUCUAUUUUUCAUGAUUACUUAU